AAACCGAGAGAGGAUUCAGCGUAGCGGAAGCAAUUAUUUUCCUAUAUUUGUUUCGUUUUGCUCCGCAAAUCUCUACCUCCCCUCUUGCAUCUCCAUUUCCCUCUUCUUUCCGUUUCUCCUCUGCUGUCAACAAUCGGGGAGCCCUAGUUUGAGGAGAAAGGGGAAGGGGAAAUGGGGAAGGGAUCAUCGAAGUUCCCGCUAUCUGGAUGGGAGGUUGCGGCUGGGUUGGGUGUGGUGGUGAGCUUCGGGAUCGGGCUUCUUGCCGUCUAUUUCUCCAUGCCACCAUCGGAUUAUAGUUUCCUGAAGCUUCCGCGGACCCUCGAGGAGCUGCAAACGCUCAGGGACCAUCUGGAGAGCUACGCUAGUGACUACACUAUUCAAGUUUUGAUAGGUUAUUGUUCAGUUUACAUCUUCAUGCAAACAUUCAUGAUUCCAGGGACAAUUUUCAUGUCCCUGCUUGCUGGUGCCCUUUUUGGAGUGUUUCGAGGCGUGGCUUUGGUGGUUUUUGCUGCCACUGCUGGUGCAUCAUCAUGUUAUUUUCUAUCGAAGUUGAUAGGAAGGCCCCUUGCCUUCUCACUAUGGCCAGACAAACUUGGAUAUUUCCAAGCACAGGUCUCUAAAAGAAGGGAAAAAUUACUGAACUACAUGCUUUUCCUCAGAGUCACACCUACCUUGCCAAACACUUUCAUCAAUGUAGCUUCACCAAUAGUAGAUGUUCCCUAUCAUAUAUUCUUUUUAGCAACCUUUAUUGGCCUCAUACCUGCUGCUUAUGUCACAGUCAGGGCCGGAAUUGCCCUGGGAGAACUAAAAUCAAUUGGUGACCUCUAUGACUUCCAAUCCGUAGCAACUCUGUUCCUUAUCGGUAUCGUUUCGGUAACACCGACAUUAUUUAGCAAGAAUAAGAUGGCAGAAUGUGAAGCUAACUCCAAGCUCAUUUUUAACUGAUACCCCAACCACAUUCUGAUUUUCAUUUAUUUUUUUUUUUCUUCUUUCAAUUUCUGUAUAUAACUUCUAAGUUUCAUAACUGGCCAGCUUCUCUACUAUGUGGUGUCAGGUAUCAAGUGUUAAUAUUCCAAGCCGCUCAUUGUACAUGCCAUCCUGUCCUGCAAUCAACUCCUUGUUUAUUCAUCCUCAGGUACUGAGAUGAAAGUUUAAUUUAUUCGUUCAUUCUGCUUUAAACUAUAAAUAUGAGAAAUGUGGAUAGUUGAUUUACUGAUGAGAGAAAUGAAGCAGUUCUUAUAUACUAACAAGGAGGGGUAUUUGGAUUUUGGAUACAUACCACACAAU